UUUGAGUUGCACCAUCGUCUCGGCAACAACCGCGGCCAAGUAAAAGCGUUCACCGCACAGAUACCUCGCUCGAGAAUCCAGGAUAAAGUGUGUUUCGUUAUGUUGCUGCUUUCGGUGAUGGUGCUGUUGUCCUGCAGCUGUUGCAGCUUGGUAUCCAGCAUACCUACCGCAUCGCUUGGACCAACACCGCUCGAUACGAGUGUGGUGGACUCGAGCGACGAUGGUCGUGCUGGACCGCUGGAGCUUCGUCCACCAUUUCCGCUCACUACCACAGAAGCUCCAACCACAACGGGCACUAGCGGAUUGCUAGGUGCUACCGGACUGCCGGGACUGGGCUUGGGAACACAACCAUCCGCCUCCGGUUCACCGGUGCAGUCUUCAUUGAUAAUGGGUGCGUUCCAGGCUAUCAUCACUCCGUUCAAUCCAAGCAUGCUGGGCAGUGUGAUCGGAGCACUCGGUGGCGGUGGCGGUGGUGGCAGCGGUUCCAGUGGAGUUCCCAGUUUUCCAAGUUUUCCUAUCGGAACGCCGAAACCGACAUAACAUCGAGAGCUUAUUUUACGAUCGCGGCGUUUUUUUUUU